AUGCCACGUAAGCUACGUAAGAAUAUACGUAAGAGGAAGAGAGCAUUGAAACAUCCAAUAGUAAAACUGACACCACAACAACAGUUGCAACAACAAAUGCUGAAUGACCCCACUAUGUUGCAACAAAUGUCAAGCAACCCUAUGCUUUUAAACCGAGUUUUUGGUGCACAGAGUGGAGGUUUAAGAGCGGCACUUUUAGCGAAAAUGGCAGGCUAUGGUGGAGCUGCAGACGGAACAGCCUAUAACCCUCAAAGUCAAAUGAAUUUGAGUUCACUCAAAAAUCAAAUAUCAGAUGUCAAAAAGUCAAACAUAGACAUACAGAAACAAAUAAGUGAAAACGAAAAGAAACUAGAAUAUGACAGACACACAAAGAAACUCAAUGAGUUAAACGUAGAGAAAAAGAAGAAAGAAGAACAACUGAAAGAACUAAGUACAGAGGAAUAUGCGAAAAAAGUGUCAGAAAAAGCAGCAGAAGUAGCAAAAAUGGAACAAGAUGUUGUAAAUUUGAAAAACCAUACUACUCAAUAUAAAGUACUGAAAGAUGAAGAGAUAAAACAAAAAGCCCUGAAGACAUAUAUGGAUAGCGAUGAGUAUAAAAAAGAAGUUGAAGCAAAUGUAAAGGCAGAAAAACUUUUACAGUUGCAAAACCAAACCGUACAGUAUGAAAACUUAGCACAAGAAAGUAAAAAUAACGACGCAGCCAUGCAAAAGGCAAUGAAAAGCGCAGAAUAUAUAAAAGCUAACAAUGACUGGUUAGAUGCCCAAGCCAACGCUAAAGCAGCCCAGCUUAUAGGGUCAAUAAGGACAAAAAUACAAGCGGAUGAAGACAGUUCAAAUGAAGCUUUAACAAAUGCUGACUUUAAGAACGCCUUCGAAGCUCUUCAUAGUAAGGUGAAACUAGUGAACGACUUCUCAUCUGGAAAGAAACUGAAGUCUGAAGGUUUCGACAAAGAGUUAAGAGAAGUAGCACAAAAUAUGACGAAAAUAACAGAUGCAGCAACGAGACAGGCAGUUCAAAGUGCCUAUGACGCCGUUAGAGCAACUGUUGUGGAAAGUCAAGAAAAAGAGUUACAACAGACCAAAACAGACCUAGUAAAUGCUUUCUUAAAAACGAAAAGUCAGGUAGGACAUUAUGCUGCAGAUGGAACAUAUGUGCCAGCUGGUGGAACUUAUAUACCACCAAACCCUCCAAGAGAAGCACCUGCACCAGG